GCAUUGGUCUUUUUUUUUUUUUUUGGUUUGGAUCUUUGUUCGAUGAUCAAACAAAAUUCAUAAUUUGUUUACUUGAAAAUCUCAUUAUAUUUGUUGAAAAUCGAUAUAAAGAAUAAUAUUGAUGACAGCAUUUUUACCACCAAAUCUUUUGGCAUUAUUUGCGCCAAGAGAUCCAAUUCCAUAUCUACCGCCGGUAACCAAAUUAAAUCAUGAAAAGAAAACACAUGGCUAUUUUGGUGUCGGACAAUAUCUUCAUCUUUUUGAGGAUCCAAAAGAUACUCCACCUGCUGUAAAAAUUGAAACAAGAGAAGAACGAUUGGAACGUAAACAACGUGAAAAACUGGAAAGAGCUGCUUAUAUUCGUGAACAGGGAAUAGCUUUAUGGGAUCCAAGUAAUAAUCAAUAUGCUACGAAUGAUCCAUAUAAAACGCUGUUUGUGGCCCGUAUCAAUUCCGAUACAUCGGAAUCACGUCUUCGAAAAGAAUUCGAAGUAUAUGGUCCAAUAAAAAAAGUAAUGUUAAUACAUGACAAAAUAUCAGGAAAACCUAGAGGCUAUGCUUUUAUUGAGUUUGAAAAUGAAAGGGAUAUGCAUUCUGCUUAUAAACAUGCGGAUGGUAAAAAAAUCGAAGGACGUCGUGUAUUAGUUGAUGUUGAACGUGGCCGUACAGUUAAAGGAUGGUUACCACGACGAUUAGGUGGCGGUUUGGGCGAUAGUCGUAGUUCAAUGAAAUCUUCAAAUGAUUACCGUAGCGGUGGUGAUGAUCGAGAUGAAAAAAAUUCUAUGCGCGAUCGUCGCAACGAACGAGAUAGAGAUCGACCAAUGAGACGAAGUAGAAGUCGUGAACGUGAUCGUAAUCGUCGUGAUCGAUCUGAUCGUCGUGAACGAAGUCGUGAUCGUGAACGUGACCGCAAUAGUGGUGGACGUAACCAUCAUCGAGAUCAUAAUAGUAAAAGCCAUCAUCGUGAUCGUGAACGCGAUCGAGAUCGUAAACGUGAUCGUCAUGGCAGUAGUCGAUCACCUGAUAGCCGUAAACGUAACCGUUAUAAUAAUGAGUUAUUAUCAACAAAUAAUGGUAGCACGGAUAAAUAUUCAGAUUCAUAUAAACAAUCACCGUAAAAAUUCAUUCAUUCAUUUAUUUUAAGAUUAUUAUUCUAUUAUUAUUAUAAAAAAUUAUCAUCCUUUUUCUUCA